GCCUUCAAUAGGAACUUCGAUAGUUCGAAGAUAAACAAUAAAUAAUUGUAGGGGGCAUUUUUUAUGUAACAGUACUGAUACAAGAUAUUAUUCGACUUUUUCAGAGUUCCUCCUACAGCCAUUACUUGUAUGAAUGCAGCUGGUUCAGUACUAGCAAAAGGUUUAAGAAAUGUAUUCUGAUUAUGAUGACUCGAUUGCAGAUACCUGCGAUGAUGACAGCUGGAAAGUUUUUCCUGCUGAACCUACCUACAAUCAUUUCCGUUAUUAAUACAUCAUUCUCUUACGCUGCAAUGUAUAGGGCAGUAGGCCAAAGAUAGGC